GCAACGUGUGCAGAUGAUCUAACUGCAUUUUCAAACAAACUUGUUGUUCACGAAGCGAAAGUUUACUGCACACUUUGGCAUGCAACUUUAAUGUGGGCUGUUGGAGUGAAAGACAACGGCAACGUAACGUGUAUCAAUCAACUUGCUUUGGCCACUGCAAUUCUUGCUCGGACACGGAACUCAACAAUGUCUGCGGUUGCUUAUAGAAUAUCCAGCUUGUUGGUUCAUAGUGGAGCCACUCACCAGGACAUAAUCCGGCUUAACAAGUUGGGUGUAUGUAUGUGCCCCAAAUCUACAGUUGAAAUGCAACGUAAGAUGGGUAGGCACUUUGAUGCAAAGGUUUUACAAUGGAAGUCAUCUAUAGAAGACACCAGAAAUUGCCUACAAUUUUUGAAUGAAGUCAUUGAAAAACAGAAACCCGUUCUUGAAGACGACUCCAUGGAUUUGGAAUCAGUGUUCGACAUGCGAGAAGAAAUUGUGAAAAAAUACCAAUCUUACCAUCCAAAUGUCUACAAUAAAGUGGUGGACUCUUUAAGGGUGAAUGAAGAGAACGAACAUAAUAUGGCAUUAUGCAGUACUCGACAAAAUUUCAGUGAAGAAGCAUUGCGAUAUGAGAUUUCUGUCCUUGAAAAUGAAAACGUACCACUUUACAAGUAA